AUUAAUUGCAUUAAAAAAGUUUUGAUUUCAGAUAAAAUGACAUUAGAAUCUUUUUUUGGAUGUGCAUUUGUAGCAUUUGGUCCUGCACUCUCCAUGUUUGCAAUUACUGUAUUUAAUGAUGCUCAACAAGUACUUGUUCUCAUUAGCAGUGCAUUUUUUUGGCUUUUAUCUUUAUUGGUAUCAGCAAUGUGGUGGCAGUUAUUCAACUUCACAAUUCUCAAAAAUUAUCUGGUUUUUAGUAUGAUUUUUUCAGUUAUAUUCCAAGAAAUUUUUCGGCUAUUUCUCUGGAUGGUUCUAAGGCGUGCAGAAGAAGGACUUAUUGUUAUGAAUGGCUCAUAUACUCCAUUAAGAAAGAUUAGGUUUCAUUAUGUGUCUGGCCUUGGUUACGGGUUGAUGAGUGGAUUAUUUGCAAUGGUCAACAUACUUGCUGAUAUAACUGGUCCAGGAACUGUUGGACUUUUUGGAGACAACAAUCACUUUGUGAUAGUUUCAGCUUUUUUGACCAAUUGUUUCGUAUUGUUACAUACGUGUUGGGGAAUACUCUUUUUUGAUGCUAUGGAUGCAAAAAAAUGGAAAACUGUGUUGUUUGUUUGCACUAGUCAUCUUGCAAUCUCUCUUUUGACUUUACUGAAUAAACACUAUACAUAUUGGCCUUCCUUAAUAACUGGUUAUAUCCUUCUUGUCGUAAUGGGUAUAUGGAGUUUCCGCGUUGUUGGAGGAAGUUCAAAUAAUUUAACUCAGCUAUUUAAAAAGAAAGAUUCUUCUUAGUGUUAAAUAAUCAAAGUUACAUCUACUAUGGAUGAUAAAUUUAUAAUAAAGCUACAUCUUCUAUGAAUAAUAAAUUAAUAAGUCGCAUAA